UUGCCUGGACCGAGCACUGUUGUACUACAACAAUUUCCAGUCGAUCUCGAACGUAAUGAUAUCGGCGUUCGUCUCGCCCUAACCGCAAGUCUUCCGCAAGUCACACGUGACGCCACUUCACGUGGCUCGAAACCGAGUUUUUUCCAUCGUUGACUUCUGUUUGUUGAUUUCGUCUGUUUAAUUGUUACCCGGUGACAAUUAACGGUUGACGUUUCAUGUUUUUGAUAGAUUCUCACCGGGUAUCGCACUUUACGAUCAGACCUGAGGAUCACGCAUCGCGAUAUCGUGUGCUAAUUUAUAAGCGCGCCUCAACGUGCUGUCGAUCGAUCCUCAUUAGUCUCGUGGAGUUUCUCGAGGGAUUUUCUCGACACGAACAAAUAACGAUGCAGCGUAACCUACUUCGCACGGCGAUUUUCCAGGUGCUGCAGAGACGUUUCUUCAAGAAGUACCAUGUCAGGGUUAGAUUCGCGCCCAGCCCCACAGGCGACUUACAUCUGGGAGGGCUGCGCACCGCAUUGUACAACUAUUUAUUCGCGCGUAGCAACAACGGCACGUUCAUUUUGAGAAUCGAGGAUACCGAUCAGUUGAGGACGAUUCCUGGAGCAGUGGAAAAGUUGCAAGAUGAUUUGUCGUGGGCAGGUAUCAUUCCUGACGAGGAUCCCACUAGAGAUGGUCCCGUAGGUCCUUACAUGCAGUCGUCCCGGCUUGAAUUGUACAAGGAGCAGGUACUCGAGCUUUUGAACAACGGAUCUGCCUAUUACUGCUUCUGCACGGAGAAGAGGCUGGAACUGUUACGGAAAGAGGCACAGAAGUGUGGACAGAUACCCAAGUACGAUAACAGAUGUCGGCAUCUCGAUAAGAACGAAGUGAAGGAAAUGCUUAGGAAAAACUCUACUUACUGCAUCAGAUUUAAGUUAUCGUCCGUGCCGGAACCUUUUCACGACAUGAUCUGUGGGGACGUAUUGCACGACAUUGCUAAGACUGAAGGAGACCCGGUCAUCAUGAAGUCGGAUGGCUAUCCCACUUACCAUUUUGCAAACGUGGUCGAUGAUCACUUGAUGGGGAUUUCUCACGUCCUGCGGGGCGUGGAGUGGCAGGUCUCCACACCGAAACAUAUUAUGCUCUACAAAGCGUUCGGUUGGAAUCCUCCCGCCUACGGGCACUUACCAUUGAUCUUGAAUAAAGACGGAUCGAAGUUGUCAAAAAGGCAAGGCGACAUAAAGAUCGAGUCGUUCCGAAAGCGGGGUAUCUUUCCACUGGCGCUAGUGAAUUACGUGAUAGGCGCUGGCGGUGGUUUUCACAGAAGUAAUAAGGAUGCUCGAGAUCUUUACAGUUAUCAGGAACUGAUUAAAUGCUUCGACGUUGGUAAGAUAAAAGCAAGCUCGGGUAAACUGAUGCCCGAGAAACUGCUGGAAUUAAACAGGUUGGAGAUAGUGAACUUGCUAAAGAAUGAAAAGAACCACGAAUUCUUGAUCGAGAGAGUCAAGAAAUUGGUGUUAAAAGCAUUUCCCGAACGCAAAAAUGACGGGAGUUUGCAACUGGACGACUACCACAUAAUCACCACAUUGAAUUGGGCACAAAAGAGGAUAACGACGUUCAAUGAUCUUGUGGAAAAAGAUUUAGCAUUUCUCUGGAUUGUCCCAACUUCCAUGCCAAAAAUCGAAACUGGGUGUUCAGAUGCGAUUAAACUGCUAAACGCAGAGUUAGCUAAAUUGGACACAAGCAAUUAUAAAACAGAUUGGAUAGUGUCAUACUUGAAAGACUUCGCCAAGAAGAAUGAAGUGCCAUUUGCCACGUUAAUGAAGGUUUUAAGAGGCAUUCUGAGCGGCGUGAAUGUUGGACCACCUGUUGCUGAAAUGAUAGAGAUUUUAGGAAAGGACAGAACGUUACUGCGGUUACGACGUCAUGCACCUUGAACAUUCACGCAUUUAAUUAUAAAUAGAUUGUUUUUGUCGAGGACACGAAGAAGUAAAUCCUAUUUAUACAUAUUUUAUGUAAAAAACAUGUUAAAAGUGAAGUUGCGGACACUUGCAAAUAAUCUCGUAUUUCUGCAACGGAAAACGUGAAGACAACUUGUAAAUAAUCGUCAUCUCUAAAAUGAAAUUAGUGAGCAUUACAUAUACAAUUAUCUUAACGAAAAGGACAAAAACAUCAAAGCAUCUUACAAUUAGUACAUCAAAACAUUGUUCUCGUUUUCUAACAUGUUUAUUCUAAAAUCUGUAGGACGUACUCUGUAUAAACGUUAACAUUAUUACAUUAUUAACGUUACUUUUGUGCUGUCGCACAUCAUGUGAUGGUGCAACAAUGUGUACAUGUACGUACGCGGCGAACGAUUUUUACACUUGGUCAAUUGUUAUUAUUUCGCCAAAUUAACAUUAAAUUAGUAUGAACAAAG